ACUGCAGUGAUGCUCGGGUUUGUAGAUUAGAUCCAAGUCAACUGACUGAUGCUGAACACCUGCACGUGGCGAAGGACUGCCUUCUUUUUCGUUCAAGCGCCCCCCAGCCUGCAGAAGCUUCACUCUGCGAGAGGAAGCGCACGAUGAGUUCUACUUUCCCCAAAAGCGAGUCCACUACUUCCCUUCUGAAAUCCUCGGGGGGCCACAACCGUAAGUCGGGUCCGCAGGAUCACCGGAGCCAGCACCGCGUCCAGCACCACCCCACCGGGAGAGAGGAUGGAGCCUGGACCGAGGACUGCGAGAGUGCGCGGAGACCUCUCUGCCAACCGAGACACGCAGAGGUGUCUCGAAGUGGAGGAGACCACCGGGGGCAGAAGAGCCACUCUCACCGGCAGGCGAGCCUCCAGGAUGAAGGGUACGCUCAGGAGGAAGCGAGGCACAGGGCGAGCCGGCUCCAGAAAGAGCGCAGCAAGUCCACCAGGACCAGGCAUCAUCCUCACGACUCCUCCCGAGGUGAGCCGCCUCCCGCAGCGCAGCUCCAGCACGGCUCCCCGCAGGACAGGAGGACCUCUCCGGUUCCGUCUUACCCAAAAGGACAGGACGAUGCGGAUUUCUUCUUCGAGCCCAGAGAGAGGGUGAUCACCGGGUCUUCCUCCAGCCUCAGCUCCGACCCACCUGCGACCAGAGCCCCUGCGAAGUCCAGCCGCACAUCCAAGAGAGUCAGCAUAACCGCGUCUGACUCCGUCCUCCAUCCCAUAGUGAAGUCAGUCUUUGGACAGGACCAAAAGAAGAACUACAAGGCAGUGCAGUCCUGUGAGGAGGGGGGAUCUGGGGGGGCCUAUCUUGAGCCGCUAUUGGCCCUGGCCCAGAACGGAGCCAGCAUGCACACCGUACUGGGGCCUGCGUGCAUCUUUCUACGCAAGGGCUUCGCUGAGAGCCGGCAGGCUGACCGAGAGUUGAGGCCCGAAGAAAUGGAUGAGUUGCGUGAGGGUUUUAAGGAGUUUGACAAAGACAAAGAUGGGUUUAUCGGCUGUAAAGACUUGGGGAACUGCAUGAGAACUAUGGGAUACAUGCCAACAGAGAUGGAGCUUAUUGAACUGAGCCAGCAGAUCAACAUGAAUUUGGGGGGACAUGUUGACUUUGAGGACUUUGUUGAACUCAUGGGGCCCAAACUUCUGGCUGAAACCGCAGACAUGAUUGGGGUGAAGGAGCUGAGAGAUGCAUUCAAGGAGUUCGACACUAAUGGUGACGGCCAGAUCAGCACAGCAGAACUCAGAGAAGCAAUGAAAAAACUGUUGGGCCAACAGGUCGGACACAGAGACCUGGAGGACAUCCUACGAGACAUCGACCUCAACGGAGAUGGGCAUGUGGACUUUGAAGAGUUUGUGCGGAUGAUGUCUCGAUGAGGUCCUGACCAUGAAUCAACAUGAACUCUGGUGUGGGAGCACGAGGAAAGAGACCAGCAUAGAGCACCAACGGAUCUUGAACUACUGAGCUUUCAAUGGAAACGAAAACAUAUCAACCCCGCCCUGAAACUGCCAUGCUGAAGCACACAGGCUGUUUACAGCCAGAAGCAACACUGUUCAUUUCUUAGAAAAUAAUCAAAACCAACAGCUGCAUUUGUAACUUUUGCAAAGUUUAUUUAAAAAACAAAUUUUCCUUAAAAAUACCAACACAUUUAAUGCUGAUGUUGACUCAAUGGGUCGAACUGGAUGUUUGGGCGGGAUGCUCAAACACUGUUUGUUGUAAAAUCUGUGUCACUCAGACAUUGUUAAAUAAGAGAUUAACUGCUCCUCCCCCACAUCCCCAUGUGGGUCCUCCCCAGUUCCUGGUGCCUCAAGCUCCUCCCCCACAUCCCCAUGUGGGUCCUCCCCAGUACCAGGUGCCUCAAGCGUCCACCCUACAUCCCCUUGUGGGUCCUCCCCAGUUACAUGUGCCCCAAGAGUAUCCCCCACGUCCCCUUGUGGGUCUCCCCCAGUACCAGGUGCCCGACGCUCCAGUCGAGCGAGGGGCUGACUGGACUGGAGGGGCACUUGGAGCAUCAGUCCAGCGGGGGUCCGACUAGACAUGGGGGGCACUUGGAGCAUCAGUUGACAUGCACUGUGUGUACAUAUCUGGGUUUGGGGUAGAACAUUAUCUUCACAAUCUGUGUCAUAUUCAUCACUACAGCUUGAGGGACAAGUUAUAUAUGAGCUUUGUUGCCUCUGUAAAGCGUCCUGCCUAGCAAGAAGCUGCAUGACCAUAUUGCGGAUUUCUUUAAUGUUAUGUUCUUGGGUGGAUGGGGGAGGGUAAGAAGCUCCAUAGUGCUCAUAGUCUUGCAGAUAUGAGGUUGCAUAUCUGUUCCAUGCUCCCCGCCAAAGUCCCUCUUCAUCCUGCUACUCUCUCCGAUCCAUAUCCAAUGCCUAAGCACUCCGGCUCGAAGGACCAUGUAAAAACUAGGCUGUCAUUUUAGGGAGGGUUGCCUGAAGUGCCUCUGCAUUGGCAUACCAGUCAAAGUAUGAGGACCCACGAUGAGAGUAGUUUAACCAUUUAUUUGCUUCACAUGCAGUUGACAGUUGAUGUAGCUGAUGGUGGUGAUGAUGAUGAUGAUGAUGAUGAUGAUGAUGAUGAUGAUGAUGAUGAUGAUGAUGAUGAUGAUGAUGAUGAUGAUGGUGGUUAUGAUGAUUUCAAAGCUAGGAUAUAAACACAAGUGGAAAUAGGAAGAGCUACAAUACUCUGUAACAAAAAAAUCAAAUAUUGCUUUCGCCAGAUAACCCUAAACAAGCUAUCAAUAAACCUAAUCAACAAUUACAUUACAUUACAUUGAACGUAAACACAACUUAAUAAUGCAUCGAUAUUCAGCUUGUGAAGAGAGCACAUGGGGAUCAGCUUGAGGCUACAGACACGGGAGAGACUGAGCAGGGCUGAUUACAGGCCUUAAAUGGGAUCAGGUAUGGCCUGGUAGGUGGAGGUUAAGCCCCGCCUCCCACCAGACCAAAAAAGGCAGGGGAAUUUACAACACUGUUAAUAAAUGUAGCAUUUAAAAAAACACAUUUGUAACUACAGCUGUAAGCCAGCAAACAUCUGAACUAACACAGCAAAUGUUUUGCUAAAGCAGAGGACAUCUAAAGCACAAACAUAAAAUGGCAAUAUGAAAAUAUUUGAUGUGAUUCUAUCAAAGAUGUGUGUUUGUGUUUGUGUUUUGUGCAUAAUGUUGUCUCUUUCCAACCUACUGUCGGUUUAAUGUCCCCUAAGACUAUGGUCAUACCCUGGUUAAGGAAAGCCAAUAUUUGUUUUGUAAUUAUGUACAAUGUAGCACUUAUGCAGUUCUGCUGAUUUUAAUAACAUUAUGCCUAUCUUACUGUGAUAAAUGUCAUGUUCAGUGUGCAUCAACUGCAAAAAAAUCUCGAAGGAAAUUCUCUUAAAUUACAGUGAGUUUCUAAUCUUGACUACAGCGAUAUGCCUUUUUUAUUACAUGUAUUAUUUAUUCAGAAUUUUGCUUGCAGGAAUUCAUAAAGUUUGACAGAUACCACAGAGCGUUAAAACUAAACUGUAAAUGAAAGAGAAAUUCUGUUUAUGCUUUAAUUUUUUCAGAGAGCUUUAUGAACUUUGCCUGUUUUAUUGGGGUUUCGUGAGUCUAAACAAUCCUGAAGUGAUUUAACUUGAAUACCUCAAGAUGAAUUGAACAAUCAACCUCAUCCACUAAACUGCCCCUAGCAUAAGCUCUAAUAUCAUUUUUUGUUUACCCUUCUGCCAUGAUUACAUAUACUUGUGAAGAAGCCGCAUUUGCUUCUUUAUGUAAAAAGCCAAAGAAAGUUUACAAGAAAAACAUGAGUCUUAUUCAGUGUAUUAAGUGUGUACAUUGUGUUUUAGAAGUAGGCCUACAAUCCAUUGGAUUAUAUGUUUUAAAAUGGCUACUUGAAAUGCCCUUCCAAGUUGAUGGGGCUGCUAAAUUCUAGAUUGACUGUUCAUAAAUGGACAUGGGGGGGCUUAUGCAUGUUAUAAUGUUGAGACAUUCUUCCAAAGGAAAAUCUUACUUUGUGUUUUACUUGUCUUAAGUGUGUGAAACUAUGCAUGCAAGAAACAACUGACAUUUGUAGCAGAUUAAAUAAAGAUUUUUAUUGGAA